AAUCUUUGAAGAACGUUUUGUGGAAGAUAGAAACACUCAUCGAAAUUAUUCUCCGGCGGUAGCCCUCAGAAUUUAAUCAACGAGCAGGUUGUUGCGAUUUUGAAGUCAGGAGAAAAUAUUGAAGAGAAAGGGAGACAGCGGAAUCGAGAAGGAGAUUCAUGAGUUCGUCUUCAGUAAUCACUCCAGAAGAUGUGUUGGAGUCGCUGAUGAAUGAUGGUACUAUCGAUUCUCUUAGGUUGAAGAUCAUCAACCAGCUCAAAGCCAAUGAGGAGCUUAAGAACACCACCAUUAAAAUGGUAGAACAGAGCAAAGUCCUCAACACGCCUGGGGCAGAGAAACAGACCAAAAGAGAGUUAUUUGAUGCUCUUCGACAGGAACUCGAAGCACCCGUGCUUGAGAAAGCCUCUAAAUCUGUUUGGGAAUUGAUUUUGGACAACGGUGGAUUGGGCAAAGAAAUAAACGACACAGUCGAAAAAGUAUUUUGUCGACUGAGUGGCAAGGAACCUCCAUUGUUUCCUCCUGAAAAUGGGGAUAUCCCAUCGGUCAAAGAAACUGAGAACGACAAAGGGAAGGGAAAAGAACCUGAAGAUGAUUAUCACAAGGAGAAAUCACAACCUCUUAGGAAAAGGAGUUUCAUUGACAUGAAUGGCAAAGACGAAAACAAUGUCGUAGAUGGAGCUGGGGAAAAUCUAGCUGCAACUGAGGAACAUAGUAGGUCACCUUAGUCGAGUUUGAAGACAAAAACAUGUCAUGAACCAUGCUAGGAUGGCAGGUCUUGCAGGUCUGUGAUUAUUAGCUCGAGUUUUUCGUACUUAAUCUGAUGAGCAUGGCCUGUCAAACACAAAUGAAACUCGACACUAUACACGCAGCACACGCAAUUGAUGGGUCCGAAAUUAUGUUUGUGUGGAUGUAUAUGAACACUUCCAUGAUCUUUAAUGCUCUGGUUAGGAAAUAGGACAGUUAGUGGUUAAAAAACUAGCUUUUGUAGCCUAAUCUAUCCAUGUCAAUGCUAUGAAAAACAAUACAAAUAUUGAUUGGCGUUGUUGUGCAGUACUCAGUAGAUUACAUCA